AUGCCAACUUCCAUAUCUGCCGCUCCCCUCAAUCAAGGCUCCCCUCCCUCUUCUCAGAUUGAUUAUCAGCCUCAGUCCUCCCCUUCUUCUGCUGCUGCUGCUGUUGUUGUCGCUGUUCCUUCGUCUUCCUCCCCGGUCGACUUUGGCCUCCCAUCCUUCACCUCCACCUCGUCCCUCAUCUCCUCCGACUUCCCCGCCACCUCAACCGCACCCAGCUUCACGGGCUCGGUUAUUGGCUCCAUUUCGCGACGGAACAGACGCUCUUUUGCUGCUCUUGCUCGAGAGAAGACUUCCAGUGCUCUCGCCAAUCUCUCGUCCAUUGGAUCCACCACGAAUUCCUCUCUCCGGCAGUCCGCCUCGUCCGGAAGCCUGCAGAAGCAUUCGCGAAAGGCCUCUCAACUGAGCAUCGGCGAAACACCAAGCGCUGUCCCACUAUCCCCGCCAUUGUCUGACGGUAGCGGCAGUAGCGAGCAGUCAAGCUCUGCCCCGUUCGAACCCUUGUCAGCGGUCACUGAGCAGCCCAAUUCUGCAGCAGAAAGGCGCCGCCAGACCAUCCAACUCGUUCCGCCGAUUCCCGAAAAAAGACCUGUUUCUCCCACCAAAAUGCAUCAAACAUCGUCAAGGCUGUUGCGCAUGACGGAGGAUGAUCGUCCUUUCACUAAGGAUUUUAUGGACCUCUUCUCUACUCUUAUGGUCAGCUUGAAACUGGAUUCGCACCGCGUUCGCUUCACGAAAUAUGACCACACCUUCACAUCAGAGGAAGCCAUCAACAACCUGGGCUCCCUAAAGUUCUCCCAAUCGAACCGGAUGCCAGACCCGAAAGACCCCUCCCGCAUCGUAACCACGACCACAACAACCACUUUCUCUAUGGCUAAAGAAAUGGCUCGCUCAGUAUGUCAGCGAUUUGUGGAUGCUCGCUUCAUUGAGUCGGUGGACGGCAAAUAUACGCACACGUUCCCACUAAAGGGCGCUUUGUAUCAGCUUACUCCAAAGGGUAUUAACAUCCUGCAACGAUUCUGCCAGCGAAACGGAAUUACGGCGCGCCACGUUAUCGAUGUUCUUGAGUCGCCUCGUAACACGAUGCAGCUGGUCAAUCUGGAGCGGGAUACCGAAACCGACAAGCUUUCCCACGAUCGAGCAACAAUUGAGGUCAUCUUCCGCCGAUUUGCUGGACAAGACGGGCCCAAUGUGAAGAGCAGUGUUUCGAGCUCGGAUUCGGAUUCCCUCAGCGACUAUUCGAAUGGCUUGGUUGGUGUAAAGAUGGCACGCGAGCGCAAAGUUGGCGACAAAAUUUGCGCCAACACGUUUACUGGAAAGGGUGCGGUUGACUGGUUGAUGGACUGUUCGACAACGAUUGAGCCUCGGGAAACAGUUUUGAUUGCAGAACUUUUCGUCAAGUAUGGAUUGAUCACUGUCCUCCAAGAAGACCGUUCAAUCCCUCAACUCGAAAACUCCUUGGUUGCUUUCCAACCCUCUAAAAACGCGAUCUACGCCAUAACUGAGCGUGGCCAACGAGUUUGCGGCUGGCUCGCUCGCGACAAGCCCCGCGACACGACGACUUAUGACAGCCGUGGCAUCCCCAGAGAUUCCAACAAUGCGCGCCUGAACCACAUCUUACAGGACCCUGCGUUGCGCCUGCUGUUCCGCGAAUUCCUCCGCUUUUCGCUCUGUGAAGAGAACUUAUCAUUCUACAUUGACGUUUCUGAGUUUACUACACAAUAUCACAAGUUCGACAAAGUCGGUCAUUUCAAGAAGCCUGACGCUGUACGGGAAACACUUGCAGCAGCAUAUGGCCUCUACAACGCUUUCUUAGCGCCUGGGUCUCCCUGCGAGCUCAACAUUGACCACGCGCUCCGCAAUAGCCUGGCCAGUCGCAUGACUAAAGCAGUAGGAGACGACGAAUCAAUGCUCAAGAGUCUUCAAGAAGUAGUACAGCUGUUUGAGAUGGCGCAAACAUCAGUGUUCAAGCUGAUGUCGAGCGAUUCUGUCCCCAAAUUCCUGCGCGACCCGAAAUAUUCUGCCAUUCUUCAGGAGCACGAUGUCGAUGAUCUGAUUGGUGGUGGGAGAUCUUACUCGCCUACGCCUGGAAAUGUCCCAGAACGAUCCAUGAGCCGCUCGCAACGUUCAUGA